UCCCUAAAGACGGGGUGAGGGGUCCGGGCCGCGCUGCGCUACUCCGCGCGUGUUACGUAACUGUGGCAGAGGGCCGGAGGGCGCCGCGACUUCUACUCCUGCCUUGCCCGCGAGCGGUCCUGUGGACGCACCGCAGCCGCACGUAUUCGCGCCCUCGCCGAGAGUUGGCGCGCCGCGACCCCCGUUCGACAUCAGCCACGCUUCGCGCCUAACGCACUGCGUUCUUUCUUUGUUCUAAUUUCCCGCGAUUCCGCUACUAACUUGAAUAAUCUACUUUUACUACACUUCACGACUGAACCGAUAACGAACUCAAUCAUUGAGGGAAUAGAGUUAGUGGUUCUCGAAAAUUUUGUAAUGGAGUGUGUGUGUUCUCGGUGCUACCGGAAGAUAAAUACAAAACGCUAAAAGGUAGUCCGUCGUGUGAGGAGAAGAGUAAUAUGUAAAACGUGACUGCGAGUGUCGACCAAGUGACUUGGUACCGCAGUCCGCCGUCAGGUAGCCGCCGCCAUGGGCAAGAAGAACUCUAAACUCAAACAAGACACAAUCGAUCGGCUGACAACCGCCACUUACUUUACGGAGAAGGAAAUCCGUCUUUGGCACAAAGGUUUCCUGAAAGAUUGUCCGAACGGAUUGCUGACCGAACAGGGUUUCAUCAAGAUCUAUAAGCAAUUCUUCCCUCAAGGUGACCCGAGCAAAUUUGCCUCGCUGGUAUUCCGAGUGUUCGACGAAAACAAUGACGGAUCAAUCGAGUUUGAGGAAUUUAUAAGAGCGUUAUCAGUCACGUCACGGGGAAAUCUAGAUGAAAAAUUACAUUGGGCCUUCCGUCUAUACGAUGUCGACAACGACGGAUACAUUACGCGAGACGAAAUGUACAAUAUAGUCGACGCGAUCUAUCAGAUGGUGGGACAGACGCCUCAGCCGGAGGACGAGAACACGCCACAAAAACGCGUGGACAAGAUCUUCGACCAGAUGGACAAGAACCACGACGACCGGCUGACGCUCGAGGAGUUCCGCGAGGGCAGCAAGGCAGACCCGCGCAUCGUGCAGGCGCUGUCACUGGGGGGCGAUUAAUCCACGGUCAUCCUCUCGCCGGACUUCACAUUUUCUUAGAGCUACCAACGCAACACAGCACCGCCGUGUCGUUGGGUACUUACCUUCGCCUUUCCCAUAUCCCGGUACCACCGAACAAAGCACAUCGACCUAAUAGAUAUAUCAUUUAUUAAUACCUAUUAUACUUGACCGACUACAAAUGUCCUAAAUUAAAAGUAAACCGUAAGAUACGGCGGAUGUUCACUAGAAAUAGUAUUUGCCAAUAUGAACAACGGGCAAAGAGCGAGGCGUUAAUUUGAAUUUACUUUCAGUUUGACGUGUGAUAUCGAUAAUUAUUAACAUACUUACUUAAAUUGUAUUCUGCUCAACAUUAGGUAUAUAUAAAUGAAAAUCAAGUGUAUUGGACAUUUAGCAGAAUAAUAACAACAUUGUAAUGUAUUAAAAAUGAUAGUUUGUGAGAUUAAUAUUUUCAUAUGAUUUAUUACCGAAAAAGGUUUGUAGUUUGAUGUUAGGGCAACCGUGUGCAAGCGGUUGCAGCUUGCGUCGCCUUUAACUUUACAUUUUCUAUUAAAGCUACUAGCCUAGCACUCUUUCUGUUCAUGUUUCCGUUCGGUUCUUCGCGUAAUUCUAUAUGAGGAAGGAACUUCUCUUUUAUUCUAGCAAAAAUUAAAGUAUAGACUCAUGGGUGUCGCCAGCGGAUACGGCCGAUGGCCAAGGGGAGGGGGGCAUAUAUUUAGUUACAAAUUUUAUUUUCUAAGGGGAAGCUCUGGCGACGGCCGUAAGUACCUAUAUUACCUAAAUAUACCUCUCCUCACCAUGUUACCUCGAUAACUCGUGUUGGCAAAUUUUAAUUAGGUACAAGCUCUUAAAAAGUAAAGGAUGAUUACCUUGCUUUUUUUCGUCUCGACUGCACUGACAGCAAAGUAGUGAGUUUAAAUAGUUUAUUAUUUACCUACUUAGCGUCAUUUUAACACAUUGCUAACUAAUACCUAACCUGAGUUAACCACACCCGCUUUAUCCGUGCGAGAGCGAUGAAGUAAGGCUUGUCAGCCGACAUUUUUUCAAACGUACCUACAGCAAAUAAUUUAUCUGUAGACUAUGUACUUUUGUAAGUCAAUAUUGCUAUUACAUGUAUUCUUUAAUUAUUAUUAGAUAUACAUAACAUCGAUCUCAUAAUAGGUAUAUUUGUGUUGUAUCAAUGGCCACAUGUGUCCAUAUUAUGACUAUCAUGUACAGGACGAUUCAGUAGAGUCACCGAAUGGAUAUCUCGUCGCCAUGUCUCGUGUUGUGGCGUGACAUUCAAUAUAGCCUUGAAUGAUGUUCUCCCGACCUACUCCGUCAUGGAUAUUUAAUAUUUUUGGCACUUAUAGCAGUGUUAACUAGUGGCAAAAACCCUAUUAAACAUCGUAAACCAUUAUUCUCUUUACAACUACUGCAUAUUAUAAAAAAAGUCAUUGAAUGAUUUCGACACUAGAAGUUACAAGUUUACUGUUAUUGUUGAUAAAUAAUUGUUAGGUUAUUAAGAGUUGCGCCCCAUUAAAGUUACAUUUGCAUUGGGACAAUGAAAAAUUUUUGGCACAUGUAUAUUACGCGUUUUUGGGUUUUUACAGCCCCAUUAUAUAUUAAAGUUAACCGAAUAAUAAGAAAACGCGUGGCGAGGCCACAGCUAGAGAUCAUUUUUUAACAGUUUUUGCACGUGUACAAUUUUGAAACAGUUCAUAAAAAAUAAAUUACGUGUAAUAUUUAUGAACUUAUGACGAGUAUUUAGAUUUUAAAUUUAAGCGGCAAGUGAUGAUAAACGACAAAGUGUUGUUAUAAAUUCGAAAGCAAUUUGUUAGUGAUAAAGGCGUAGGUACUUACCAUCCGAGUGUAAGGUGAGUGCGUAUUGUAAAUUGUAAGGUAGAGAAUAAUGAGUGAGACGAGCCCUGUGCCUCCAUCAGUUGCGGCACUCAAACCUGCCGCUUGCUCGCUUCACUUACCCCGAGUUGAGCUACGAUAAAUAGGAAUAUGCCUGACAUCGAUUAGGUAUAGUCGAAAAUUUUAAUUUAUGACCCAUUUUGUCACACUGACAUGACGUCUCUAGCGAGAUUCAUAUUGAUUGUCACUGUGACAAGGUACGAAAUGGGUCAUAACUCAUAAAUGAAUAUGUACUUUCGACCGUACCUGCACUCUGCUUACUACAACUAACUCCGGCCAAUGAAAGCGUCGUGGACUAUGCAGACUUAGCUUAAGAGUCGAACGAGAGAAUAACUGUAGGUAACUAUGAAACUAACUUAGGAAUUUAAACAUAGCAUACCGUAACUUAUCUUUUAUUACCGGCGGAUAUUCAAUUGCAAGUUACCUUCAUAUUAGAAUUGAGAAACAUGUAUCGAAUAUCACGAACUGGAAUAAAGCUAUUAGGGCUCGCGUUCACUCACUAGUCGAGUAUAAACAAACAAACAGACAAAUAAGUGCAUAUUAGUAAUGUACCUUCUUUGUUCAUUAAAGUUGAAACUUAUGAAUGUAUUAGAGUCGUAGUGAUAUGAAGUAGAUUGUGUGUUUACCUUUCAACUAUCACGAUUCUACCCGCGGGCAGCCCUGCGCGGCCCGCGACCCAUGCAGCUAGCACUCACUGUUCUAACAUCUUUGCCAAAUAUAGUCUAUGUACAAACUCUUUGAAUACUUACUUACUACUUGUUGACAUCUCUCCAUCCUUUUCGGCGAAUCCUGAAUACAUAUUUUUUGGAGGACUUUUGGAUAUUUCCGUUAGCGACUCUCACUGUAACUUAGUAUCGAUGUAAGUAUCUAUAACUUAAGGUAAUCUACUCAUCUACAGCUUUAUACGAUAACAAUGUUAUCUUUCGCUUGUAAAUUCUCUUAUGAUAUUUAUACUAAUCUUUAAAAAGUGCUAAUUAUAGCCUUAAGAUUGGGUGAUAUCUGUGCAGUGACCUGGCGUUAAAUUAAGUAGGUACCUACCUACCUAAUAGGCUGUAUACAGAUUACAGACUAUUCGUAAAAGUAUGUGAUACAAUUCAAUUAUUUAAUAACUAAUAUUAUCCUAAUUUGACACAAUUAGUGAACAGCGGGCAUAAUGAGCGCAAAAUUAUAAUAUAUGGUGUCUCGUUUGUGGCAAAUUCACUUCAUGGUUAAAGCGAAAAAACUACACCCUCAAUUGUGUAGCGGGAAAAAAGUCUUCUUUUUUGUCACUUUGCCGGCUGAUUGAUUAAUUAUAUCCAUGCAAAAUAGCAGCUUUCUACCACUAAUAAUCACGAAGCAAAGCCAGACAGACAGGCACCUUUAAAGGGAUCCUAGUUGAGUACGGUACACUUAAAAUGCAGACAGUAAACCUUGAUAAUUAACUUUAUUUCUACGAAUAAACAAGCCGUUUUGAAGUUCAUAUUCCAAAAAAAUAUAUCUUUUCUUAAUAAAAGGACAAAAGUGCCUGUAAUAAAUAUUUAUAAUUUUUCUUUUACUGGAAUCCUCUAAAAACGCCGUACCUAAUUCUCCAAAAAUCAUCUGUUGGUCACUGCACUUACAAACCCGUCUAGAAUAAACAUUCUCAUUUCUAUAUGCAUUUCCGAUUAUUCGGAGUUUCCAAUUAAUCUUACUUGUACUUGCUUCGGACUGUGAGUCAAUUUAUGUCAUUAGACAAUUUUUAUAGGCGUAAAGAAGUUAACGAACUAGAGUAGGUAAAUUGUUGCGGGCUGUGCAUUUCGUAUAGGAUAAAAGUAGCCUACCUACGACAUAAAUGUUAACAGUGAUGUAUCUACAAGACCUUAUUAUAGGUGAGGCAACACUGCUCACGCCGAGCUUGCUUCCAUGUUUCUGCUUGGACUUACAUCUUGAAUUACGGAUUUUAAUUUAAGUAACCUAUCAAUCUUCUACUUUAAGUUAAAACGAGUACCUAGACAAAUAGUUUCAUGUUUAUUUGCGAUUUGAAUGUUUAGCAAUCUCGUGUCUUUAACACUUAUCGCUACAUAUAGUUGUUAUUUUUAAAUUUAAAGUUACAUAGGGAUAAUUUUCAAAAUGAUUGUAAUUAUGUAGGUACCAAGCACCUCUAAGUAAGUAUAUCAUAAAUACAGUAACCAAGUGGGAAAAUUAUCGACUUCAAACUUCAAAUUGUCGCUUUGGUUGCAUUGCUCCCACGUUUCAUAAUGUCAUUAGUCUUUAUCACUACACCUUAUAAAAAAGUCCCACGCCGCGUCUAUCUGUGUGUAUGUUUCGCGAUUAACUCAAAAACUACUGAAUUUUCAUGCGAUUUCCACCUAUCAAUAGACUGAUUGACAUUCAACAUCACGUCGAUUUGAUGUUUAGGCAUUUUGGAAAUGUGUUAGGAUUGCGAAAUAAAAAUAGACAUUCUGAAAUUCAGGCAUUUUGACACUGUUUCGUUUUGAAACCUAGGAUUUUUUUAAAGGUUGUAACUUAUAAUGGAAUUUAGGUGCAAAGUAACGAAACUAAAGCACCGUGUGUCUUCCUUGUUGUAGACGACGCAACUUACAGGUUGAGUGGCGCCAUGAUACUACAACAAUGAUAAGACUCGUGAUUUGUGCGAGAAAACAGAUUAAGACUAUAUUAACUCAUUAAACAAAUGGAAAAGAUCUCCCAGAAUAUAUUAGAGCCUGAUACAUACAUUGUUAUGGGAAAAUCUAAAGUUCCAUCAUUGGAAAAUACCCAUAGUCCACAAGGCAAACUUUUUAAUACUUUUAUUUAUGUAUCAUUUAUUUAAAAAACCUUCUAUUUUCAUUAUGAAAGCAAAUGUUGACAUUGUUUAUUUACAUAUUUCUGGCAAAACCAUACAUUAGAGUUUACGUAGUCUCUAGUAAUAAUGUACGUACAUAAUAUUUUCAGAUUAGCCUGUUGUCUGAGUACGGGCCCGAUUCGGAUUUUGAAAUAGACAUCUAUUAGAUAUCUUUUAGACAUCACUAAGAUACGAUAACGAUAUGUUUAAGAUCUAACCUCUCAAAUUUGACAUUUGCACGAUUCUGGAGAUACUCUUGAACGAUUUCCACAGGAUAUGACUUAGAGAUCCAAUUCACAUUGAAUAGAUAUCUUACUCUACGAGUAUCUAACGUAAAAGUGACAUUGGUUGCCCGAAUUGCGCUGCAAAAGAGAACUAGUUGAUACCUAAACUAUAACGUAUCUAGAAUGGAUCUAGUACGUGUCGUCUCUUGUGAAUAUCUUGAAGUUCGAAUACGGCAGUACGAGUAUAAGUAUGUAUCUCUAACAAAUGAAGGUUGUCCCGUCACGAUAUAUUAAUUAAUAGAAAUAUUUACCUAUUUUUUCUUUUUAUGACAGAAAAUUUGCGAUAAUACCAAACCUAAUGAGAUAUUUAAUUCAUAAUUCUAAUUAUUACAUUAAACUGUUUAUAUUUUCCUAUUAUUAAAGGUACCUACAAUAUUAUAAUAAUAGUUGGUCACUGCGAAUUACAUACUUUCUAAUUAAUAAAUGUGGAUAUAAACCUCGUUAUGAAUUUUAUUUCAUAUAUUUGAAUAGGGGGUAAACCAGUUUUGGGUUUCCUUUAAGCUUUAAAAAAUUCAGUGCCAGCGCGAGCUACGCGCUACGAGCGUAGCCGAUAGCACGGGAGACCCCGUAUGCAGCGAAAAGCGCCUACCUACGAACAGAGAACCCGCAAAACCUGGAUGUAGCGAAAAGCGCCUACUAACAGAAAAACCGCCUAGCUAAAUAGUCGCCGGCAGUGCAUGUGUUAAACUAUGAAAUUAGUAAAUGGACUAAUAGUGCCCAUAAUAAAGAGCUGGUAGACCUGACGUCAACGUCACCGACAGACUUAUUUGUUCUCAAAAUGCUGUUUGUUCACAUGGAGCGGCUGCUUUAAUAAUUAUAAAUAUUAUAAUAAGGGAUUGAUGGUUUAAAGUUGCCUUAGCGACGGUUUAUAAUUUCUGUAAGUAGGUAUUCACCUUCUCAACCUUGUAUGGGUACUUCUACCAAAUUUCCCUUAAUAUACCUAUCUAUAUACACGGUGUAACGUGAGGAAACCGAAUAAUUUUAACAGCGUAUUCCUGAUCAUAUUUAGAGACAAAAAUGUCCUAUAAACUUUUUUGAAAUUCGCCUAGUUUCAGAGAUAAUAUUAAUUUAAAAAUAAACAAGUUUUUGUUGUUACAUACUUAGUGUAAAAGGCCUUUUUCAUGGUAAUGUUGCUGCUAUGGGACGUAGUCUAAAAAUAUCCUUAUUGAUAGAUGUCAAAAAGUGACAAGUAAACUUUGCAAAAAGGUUUUAAGAAAAAAAUCAAUUUUAAUUAACAAGUUUACCAAUAACAUUUAUUUUUAUGUACAAAUACAUUCAAAAAAAUUAAAAAAAUAAAAACAAAAAAAAUCUUUUUUGGCGAAAUUUACGUUAACUCAUAUUAAAUUUUUUCCUUCUUUUGACCUCAGAAAUGCGUGGUUAAAAUUAUUCGGUUUCCGCAUGUUACACCGUGUAUAUCAAAGAAUAUAAUACUCACUCGUUUAUGUUCCGAAGAGUUCAAUUAUUUCUCAAAACUAUAAUUUCUAUGGAAAUAUUAUCCUGGUACAUUUAUUCUUUACUGUGUCACAGAUUAGCUUAAAUUAAUAAAAUAAGCACAAACAAGCACACGUUUGUUAUAGCCUGACAACAGUUUAUUUAACCCUGAAAUAGUGUCGCUGCAAACAGCUUACGUAUGGCAAUAAUGUGCGUACGUCAUGUAUAGUCGGGGUAUUGGGCAUUGGCUUCAUGUUGAUACUCGUAUAAUGUCAAAACAUUUCUUACAGAGAAUUCGGUUCGUUCAAUAGGGGAUUACUGCAAUGUUCUGCCGCCAGAGUGCAGCACUACCGACUCAAUAAAUUCAUAGACUGUUUAUUGACAAAUUUUCACAGACAAUAAAAUAUGACAUUGAUGCAUCAAGGCGGUUUGUUAACAAGGGCCUACCGGUAAACGCGAAAAUCAAAAUUUAGUUAUCUGCCUCUUUAUCGCUCGAAUAUGCAAGAGUGAUAGAGAGAUUAGAGAUAACGAAAUUUCGAUUUUCUUGUUUCGCGGUAGGCCAUGUGAUUGACGUGACGUGUGAUGUGUCAAUGUGGUUUGGUUACUGUAUAUGCCACAAAGGUGCCACCUACGCAGAGCUUUGCCUAAUAUUCCCUAUUUACCUAUUCGUCGAAAUCUGAUUCUAAAUAUUUAAUAUUAAACCAAACAACUAACCAGUUCAAUACAACCGCACUAUAAAAUGUCAAUCCUGGUCAUGUCAACAACCAACUUUAAAACAUUGUUUAUUGGAAUGCUAUAUAAUCCUUCGUCUUUUUUAAGCUGUAAGUAUUUGAUUGCAUUCACUACAAUUUUUUUCGCAUCUUAUAUUUUUAUUUGGCAUUUUUUUGUAAUAAAACCGUUUAUAUUUGAAUAUAUUCGUAGAUAUUUUCGAUUUGUUUACAUCGGUGACAUUCGAUGACAUCCAACGUUCGUUGUCAAAGAGUACUUGUUGCCAGUAAAAGAAAUUAGUACCAUUGAAAAUCCGCAAAAUGGCGAGGGUCAAAUAAACUGUUGUCAGGCUUUUUUUUUUUUAAUUACUGUAGGUCCCUGCUUGCCUUUAUCCGUUGCUGUUAAGUUCGGUGCAAAGCACUAAAAUGGUAUUUUCUAAAGAAACCUACUUUAUAACUAUCUUUACGUGUAUAUAAAUAGUGAUUAUCUUCUUAAUUACAUAUUAUUCGCCUACUAUUAUUAGAUUAAUACGGAAAUAUUCACUUUUAAUAUCAAUGAUUGGUAAAUAAAUAAACCAUAUUAAAAUCGU